AUGGAGCUUUCCCUUCAACCCAGAGUAACAGAGAUCAGCCGUGCGAUUGCGCCCACCUGUGUCGCGGCGUUGUCUUCCCCAACCCUAAUUCCAGAUCCCUCCGCGGUUUCUAAAACAGCCGUCUUUUGCCGCGAUCCGGCGCCAUCGACGCCGGGGGAGGGGUCCGAGGAGGAGGGGAAAUGGGAGAGAAGGGUGGGGAAUUGGAAAGGUUGGCUGGAGAGGGAGGAGGAGGAGGAGGAGGAGGAGGAGGAGGAGGAGGAGGAGGAGGAGGAGGAGGAGGAGGAGGAGAGGAGGAGGAGGAGGAGGAGGAGGAGAGGAGGAGGAGGAGGAGGAGGAGAGGAGGAGGAGGAGGAGGAGGAGAGGAGGAGGAGGAGGAGGAGGAGGAGGAGGAGGAGGCGGAGGAGGAGGAGGAGGAGGAGGAGGAGGAGGAGGAGGAGGAGGAGGAGGAGGAGGAGGAGGAGGAGGAGGAGGAGGAGGAGAGGAGGAGGAGGAGGAGGAGGAGGAGAGGAGGAGGAGGAGGAGGAGGAGGAGGAGGAGGAGGAGGAGGAGGAGGAGGAGGAGGAGGAGGAGGAGGAGGAGGAGGAGGAGGAGGAGGAGGAGGAGGAGGAGGAGGAGGAGGAGGAGGAGGAGGAGGAGGAGGAGGAGGAGGAGGAGGAGGAGGAGGAGGAGGAGGAGGAGGAGGAGGAGGAGGAGGAGGAGGAGGAGGAGGAGGAGGAGGAGGAGGAGGAGGAGGAGGAGGAGGAGGAGGAGGAGGAGGAGGAGGAGGAGGAGGAGGAGGAGGAGGAGGAGGAGGAGGAGGAGGAGGAGGAGGAGGAGGAGGAGGAGGAGGAGGAGGAGGAGGAGGAGGAGGAGGAGGAGGAGGAGGAGGAGGAGGAGGAGGAGGAGGAGGAGGAGGAGGAGGAGGAGGAGGAGGAGGAGGAGGAGGAGGAGGAGGAGGAGGAGGAGGAGGAGGAGGAGGAGGAGGAGGAGGAGGAGGAGGAGGAGGAGGAGGAGGAGGAGGAGGAGGAGGAGGGAGGAGAGGAGGAGGAGGAGGAGGAGGAGGAGGAGGAGGAGGAGGAGGAGGAGGAGGAGGAGGAGGAGGAGGAGGAGGAGGAGGAGGAGGAGGAGGAGGAGAGGAGGAGGAGGAGGAGGAGGAGGAGGAGGAGGAGGAGGAGGAGGAGGAGGAGGAGGAGGAGGAGGAGGAGGAGGAGGAGGAGGAGGAGGAGGAGGAGGAGGAGGAGGAGGAGGAGGAGGAGAGGAGGAGGAGGAGGAGGAGGAGGAGGAGGAGGAGGAGGAGGAGGAGGAGGAGGAGGAGGAGGAGGAGGAGGAGGAGGAGGAGGAGGAGGAGGAGGAGGAGGAGGAGGAGGAGGAGGAGGAGGAGGAGGAGGAGGAGGAGGAGGAGGAGGACAUGUAGGAUUGGACGGCGCCUUGUCAGUGCACUUCACUGCACACAUUGUUAUGGAGUGCACUGCACACAUUGUUUGCUCGUGCAAGGAGGCGUAG